AACAAACACUAUUCUUGUAUUAAAACCUGCCAAAAAACCUUAUAAUCAUGAACAUACACAUUGUUAAAUCUUGCCUCUAUGUUGUUCAAGAAUUCACAUGAUAUGAUUCUCCUUCAAUGAUCAUGUCAUUUGAAUAGAUUUUUUGUUAGUUUUGUCCAAUGGCGGUUAGGCGGUUGUCCGCGGUGGUGAUGGUGGUGGUAAUGGUGGUGUUAGUAGGCGGUGGAAGCGGUUAUCCGGCGGAGGAUCUUGUGGUGAGAUUGCCUGGACAACCAUAUGUUAGUUUUAAACAAUAUGCUGGGUAUGUAGAUUUGGAUUUAAGGACUGGGAAGAGUUUUUUUUAUUAUUUUGUUGAGGCUGAUAAUGAUGCUGAUCAUAAGCCUCUUACUCUUUGGCUCAAUGGAGGCCCAGGUUGCUCAUCAAUUGGUGGGGGAGCCUUCACAGAACUGGGCCCAUUUUUCCCAUUGGGCGAUGGCCGGGGCCUACGCAAAAAUACACAAUCAUGGAACAAAGCAUCAAAUCUUUUGUUCGUGGAGUCUCCGGCAGGGGUAGGAUGGUCAUAUUCAAACACGACAUCGGAUUACACCACCAACGAUGCCCAAACAGCAUGGGAUAUGUACACUUUCUUUAUAGAAUGGUACAAGAAGUUUCCAUCUUUCGUAUCGCGAGAAUUAUUUCUUACAGGAGAAAGUUACGCCGGGCAUUACAUACCACAGUUGGCUGUUGCACUUCUGAACCACAAUGAACAAUGCACUGAUUUCAAGUUCAACAUCAAAGGAUUGGCUAUCGGUAACCCGCUUCUUAAUAUUGAUCGCGAUGCGCCAGCAGUAUACGAAUACUACUGGUCCCAUGGGAUGUUAUCAGAUGAAAUAGGCCUUACUCUCAUGUCUGACUGCAACUUUGAAGACUACACAAUUACUUCACCUCAUAAUGAAUCUAAAGCAUGUAAUGAUGCCCUUUUAAAAGCAUCUCAUAUAAUCACUCAAUAUAUUAAUGAUUAUGAUGUCACUCUUGAUGUAUGCUACCCGUCGAUUGUAGAACAAGAGCUUCGUAUGAAGAAAACAGUUACUAAGAUGAGCAAUGGAGUUGAUGUGUGCAUGAGCUUUGAAAGAUGCUUUUACUUUAAUCUGCCUGAGGUUCAACACGCGCUACAUGCUAACCGAACCAUGUUGCCCUACUCAUGGACCAUGUGCAGUACUGGAGUUCUAAAUUACACUGAGAGCGACGGAAACAUCAAUAUGAUCCCCUUGCUUAAAAGAAUCUUAAAAAGCCGAAUUCCAGUUUGGAUUUAUAGUGGUGAUCAAGAUUCGGUCGUACCAUUGCUUGGAUCAAGAUCACUUGUUCGUGAAAUGGCGCAAGAUUUGGAGUUCAAUAUUUCUGUUCCAUAUGGAGUUUGGUUUCAUAAGGGACAGGUUGGAGGCUGGGUCACUGAAUAUGGGAAUCUACUAACUUUUGCAACGGUGAGAGGUGCGUCUCAUUUGGUGCCAUACGCUCAACCAUCGCGUGCUCUACGUAUGUUUACUUCAUUUAUUCGUGGUGCAAGACUCCCUAACGAUACCCACCCGUCUAUCAGUCCCGGAGAUAGCCCAAUUUAGGGGUAUCCCGAUUUUUUUUACUGUGCAAUCAUACAAUAAUAAAAAAAA